AUGUCAAUUGAAUUAAUGUUAUUAGCUGUGAAUUUGAACUUUUUUGUAUUUUCCGUUUCUUUGGAUGAUAUGAUGGGUCAAUUAUUUGCUUUAUUGGUUCUAACGGUAGCAGCUGCGGAAUCUGCUAUUGGGUUAGCCAUUUUCGUUAUUACUUUCCGAGUCCGAGGGACUAUUGAUGUAGAAUUUAUUAAUAGCAUUCAAGGGUCAGGGCCUUUCGCGGCUAGAAAGAUGCUAUUUGCUGCUAUUCUAUCUAUUUGUGCAUUUAGUUCGAAGAAGAUCUCAAUCUAUAAUGAAGAAAUGAUAGUAGCUUGUUGUUUUAUAGGCUUUAUCAUAUUCAGUCGGAAGAGUUUAGGUGAUACUUUCAAGGUGACUCUCGACGGGAGAAUCCAGGCUAUUCAGGAAGAAUUGCAGCAAUUCCUCAAUCCUAACAAAGUAGUUCUUCUGGAAUCCAAUGAACAACAACGAUUACUUAGGAUCUGUUUGCGAAUUUGUGGCACCGUAGUAGAAUCAUUAACACCUUUAUUACCAGUAAAGGUGUUAUUUCUCGUCAUUGAACUUCUUGAGCAUGUUCGAGAACAUUGUGAGAAGGGGAAAGUGCGGCUGUCCGUUCACUUUCUGGAAAUGCCAUAA